GUCCCCCACGUGGCUGCCCAGGGACUGUCCGGGUGUGUGGUCCCUGGCGUUGCCCUCCUGGAGGAGAGAGCUUGCCCCUAAAGGAGAUGGGCAACUGCAUUUGGAAAGGGGUGCUGUCCCUAUCCGGUGUACCUGCCCAUCCAUUGCCACCCGCGGUGCAGGCCCGGGACUGGGGGCCAUAGUUGAGUCCCAGGAGGAGGAGGGGAACACCCCUAGGCAGGGGUGAGCCGGGACAGGCCUCCUGCCGGGUCUUCCUGGGGCUGGUCAUGUUUAGGAAGGCCAUGGCCAGCGAGGUUCUCCUAGUGAUCACGUGGCAGAUGGGAAGGUGGGGAGAGAAAUGAACUUUUUUCUAGGGCACUAGGCAGGGAGGUGACGUGCAGACAGAGCACUCCUGCCAAUUCCUAGGCUUCCUCUUAGCCAAUGUAACACUGGCCCCUGGCUCUCUGUGGGGGGAGGAGGUGUGCCAUGUCUCCUGGUCACACUGAGGAGAGUAAAGGUCAGAGUUGGCAGUGUCUGCUGACAGGUUAGCAUGCAGGCCCCGUUAGCACCAGCCUUACGUGGACUGUGACCUGCAGAGUGCCCCUCAGUGCCCGCAGGUGUGAGAGCCUGUGCCCAGGGGGAGAGCCCACCCCUCUUCCUCAGGAGCCUGUGCCCGCUCAGGCCUGGCUUGGGGUCUCUCCCUGGUGUAGGACUGCAUCAAGCCCAUGAAGGUAGACAAGAAGCUGGGACGUGGCGUGGCCAAGAUCCACAUUGAAGAUGAUGGGACUUACUUCCAAGUGAGUCAGGACGGAGGGACACGGAAGCUGGAAAAGGCCAAAAUCUCACUGGACGACUGUCUGGCUUGCAGUGGCUGUGUCACCUCAGCAGAGACGGUGCUCAUCACUCAGCAGAGCCAUGAGGAGCUGCGGAAGAUUCUAGAUGCCAAUAAGACAGCUGCUCCUGAUCAGCAGAAGCUGGUUGUCAUUUCAGUCUCACCCCAGUCCAGCGCCUCACUGGCUGCAAGAUUUCAGUUGAAUCCUACAGACACCGCCAAGAAGUUAACUGCAUUCUUUAAAAAACUAGGGGCGCACUACGUGUUUGAUACCGCCUUCUCGAGGAACUUCAGUCUCCUGGAGAGCCAGCGAGAGUUUGUGCAGCGAUUCCGAGAACAGGCCAGCUCCAAGCAGGCCUUGCCCGUGCUGGCUUCUGCUUGCCCAGGCUGGAUCUGCUAUGCCGAGAAGACCCAUGGGAGCGCCAUCAUCCCCUACAUCAGCACCGCCAGGUCCCCACAGCAGGUCAUGGGCUCCCUGGUCAAGGACUUCUUCGCCCAGCAGCAGCAUGUGACCCCCGACAAGAUCCACCACGUGACAGUGAUGCCCUGCUAUGACAAGAAGCUGGAAGCGUCCAGACCUGACUUUUUUAGCCAGGAACACCAGACGCGAGAUGUGGAUUGUGUCAUCACGACAGGAGAAGUUUUCAAGUUGCUGGAAGAAGAAGGGGUCUCACUAUCAGAACUGGAGCCAGCCCCGCUGGACAGUGUGUUCAGCAGCGUGUCUGUUCAGGAGCCCACCAGCCAUCGAGGUGGGGGCUCUGGGGGCUACCUGGAGCACGUGUUCCGGCAUGCAGCCCGAGAGCUCUUUGGAAUCCACGUAGAUGAGGUCACCUACAAACCCCUGAGGAACAAGGAUUUCCAGGAGGUGACGCUGGAGAGUGAGGGCCGGGUCCUGCUGCACUUCGCUGCGGCCUACGGCUUUCGCAACAUCCAGAACCUGGUGCAGAAGCUCAAGCGAGGGCGCUGCCCAUAUCAUUAUGUGGAGGUCAUGGCCUGCCCCUCAGGUUGCUUGAACGGCGGAGGCCAGCUCAAGGCCCCCGAGAUGCCCGGCAAGGAGCUCCUCCAGCAUGUGGAGAGGCUGUACAGCAUGGUCAGGACGGAGGCACCAGAGGAUGUGCCUGGGGUCCAGGAGCUGUACGAGCAAUGGCUGCACGGCGAGGGCUCAGAGCGUGCUAGCUGCCUAUUGCACACGAGCUACCACGCAGUGGAGAAGGCCAGCUCUGGACUCAGCAUCAGGUGGUAGGAGGGCUCACCAUAGCCAGUGCCAGGACCUCAGGACCCAGGGCUUGCCCCCAAAAUGGUGGGUGAGCUGCGAGGAUGUACUAGAACCUACAUAGAGAUGGGACUCAGGACCCACAGCCAGUAAAGAUGACUUCCAGCCUGGACUCCCCAGCGCAGGCCACAGUGUCCAUAGGGUACUGGCACCUCUCCACAGGCCCAUGUCUACGGGCAGUGCCCUUGCUCUUGCUGGUUGUGGUGAGCCAAGUGUGUGAAGGUUUCAGCCAGUCCCGUGAGGAGCUUAAGGCAGAGUAAAAGUGGGGUUCCACCUGGCCCAUGUGGCUCAGCUGUUGAGCAUCGACCUACGAACCAGGUGAUCAUGGUUUGAUUCCAGUCAGGGCGCAUGCCCAGGUUGCCGGAUUGAUCCCCAGUAGGGGGUGUGCAGGAGGCAGCAAAUCAGUGAUUCUCAU